AUGGUUGAGAAAUACGUUCCCAAGGAUGGAGACGCAGUCCUCCCUCUCUUCUCUUUGAAGGGCAAAACAGCUAUCGUUACCGGCGCUGGUGCUGGAAUUGGAUUGGCCGUUGCUGAUGCUCUUGCGGAGGCUGGUGCCAACGUGGCUAUUUGGUACAACAGCAACAAGAAGGCCAUUGAGAGAGCGCAGCAGAUUGCUGACAAGUGGGGAGUUACCUGUAAGGCCUACCAGGUGAACGUCACCGACCAAGCCGAAGUUGCGAAAUACACCGACUUGAUUGCUGAGGAGUUCAAUGGCCGCCUUGAUAUCUUUGUUGCCAAUGCCGGUAUUCCAUGGAUCAAGGGUGCCAUUCUCGAUAACGGUGCGGAGGGGCACGAACACUACCACAAGGUCAUUGCCACUGAUCUUGACAGCGUCUACUAUUCCGCUUGGGCAGCCGGAAAGUGGUUCAAGAAGCAGGGCUCAGGAUCAUUUAUCGCUACUGCUUCCAUGAGUGGACACAUCGUCAACAUUCCUCAACUGCAAACUACUUACAACGCAGCCAAGGCCGCGGUCAUUCACUUUUGCAAGGGUCUUGCUGUUGAAUGGGCCGGCUUUGCCAGAGUCAACACAAUCUCCCCCGGUUAUAUUGCGACUGAGAUUUCCGAUUUCGUCCCCCAAGAGACCAAGGAGAUCUGGAAAGAGAAGAUUCCAUUCCACCGUGAGGGUCUCGCCAAUGAGCUCAAGGGAGCUUACUUGUAUCUCGCCUCUGAUGCUGCGACAUAUACUACUGGUACCGAUAUCAUCGUAGAUGGUGGAUACGUUCUCCCGUAA